CUUACUCCCUGAGCUGGGGGUUGGCGAGCCCCAGCCAUUGGCUCAUGGCCGCCGAUGCUCGGGAUCUUCACGUCGGCACGGAGAAGAGCGCGGACCUUUUCUCUGUGUCAGCGACAUACUCAUCGGUUCACGACACCGACUCUGGCAACAUCCAGAACUCGGAUGACUCGGACGAGGAUGAGGAGGCGGCGCAGAAUCGGAAAAAGGCCGCCGCAUUCAUGAUGGAGCACUUCCAUGUGCAAAGAACCAGGCAUCACGGAGUGGAGAGGGAGUCGCUCUACGGAGCUGUGAUCCUGAUCCCUCAGAUCAGCCGAAGCUGCGGCUGGCCGCGGGCCUUGGUGUUUGUCACCGUUCGAGUGUAUAUACUCUUCCUCUUGAACUUCCUUCUGCAGUCCUUGCUGCUAUCAGAGAUUGGGCGUGAGCAAAAUGUCUUGGAUCUGUACGCUGGGCAGAUGUGGCUCUGCGACUUCGGGGCACCACUGGACCAGUGCCCAGACGACCCCAGCUGUAUGGGGCCUGGUGGCACGCAGGUGGAUGGGCCUCGGCUUUAUGACUUUCGGUCCUGGAGCACCCGCAUGUUUUUCAAAGACUCCUUGAAAGCGAUUUUCCCGGACAAGGCGUCUGAGAUUGACAGAGAUGUGGAUCCAGGGGAGUAUGGAGCCGAGAGCCGCAUGUGCCGGUGGCUGUGCUGCUUCAUCUUCAUGCUUAGCAUUUCGGAGGAGCUGAUCCUGAUUUGGCGCAUGGCCUGUCUCCUCUACGACGUGCCCACCGAGCGCGCGUCGUGGCUGGAGUUCAACGACCCCGGCACGGACCAGGUGGGGGACAACUGGCUGGAAUACGUCACCAUCUCCGUACAGGGGAUGCCGUUGAGGUGGAAGCUCAUAAAUGCUAUCUUCAUCCUCGGCGCGAAGGGCAUGCUUUGGAAGCUGACUGCAGAGAUUGGCAUCACCUUCCUGAUGGAGACGCAAACCAUUAGCGACUGCAUCGUGAACUCAGUGGCUCUGUCCUUCGUGCUUCACAUGGAUGAGCUCAUUUUGAUGACACUCACCUCUGGCAAGAUCACCGCUGCACUCCAAAAGUGUCAGGAGUACAGCUCACCGGACUCCAGUGCUUCAACAGCCUGGUCCUCGAGAAUAGAAGAGCCCAUCGACAAUUCCUGGCGCGCCAACUUCUGGCUCAUCAUUCCCUGGGAGCUGAUUGCGUCCUUGCUGCUGUGCGGUUGGUUUAUCAGGCAGUACUACACCACCCACUGCAACUGGAGUUGGGAUGGCUGGUGGUACUACUCCAAGUCCAUUACCGAGCCAUCCUCGGCGGAUUAUCCGCUUUGGACCGCCUUCUUCCCCAUGACCUUCCCCCUCACAGGCAUCGGGAAACCCAGUUGGAGUAUGCCAUCCAUGUGGCAUUCCACCUGAAGCCUAGGUGCUUGACCUGGCGCACGAUGCACGGGAUCUUGGUGAGCCGGCGGGUCACGGCGGGUCCAUCCCGGCCGCACGAGAUUGCAGCAAAUCCCCUUGUCAGUGUUGUCUCAGCGCCAGCGCGUCGCUAGCUUGUUUGGGU